AUGCACAACUAUGGAGGUCCGUUUGAAGAAUAUCAACAGCAGCCGCCACCAAUGGAAUCAACUUCACAAAACUUCGCGCCUUUUGCCGUCAAUGGACUCCCGGGCGUGAGCAAUUUCGCGGAUCAGCAGCCUUCCGGCAACAUUGUCGUCAGUUUGCGCUUUCCGGAAAUUUGGAACACCUUACGACCCGUCGGAAUCACGAUGCAUGCGCAUAAAGCAGGCCGAGUGAUGGAUCCAAAGUUGGAGUACGAGGUCGUCGGACUGGAUCCGAACAAGAUGUACGCGAUGCACGUGCACUUUGUCCGAACGAACCGCAACUUUCUGACGUACGAAAAUGGUGUGUGGAACGAGAACAUUAAUGUUGUGAAGAACGUUGCUGCGAAGACCAAUGUCAUUUGCCUGGGAAUAAUGUCCGGCGAUCACUGGAUGCGGCACGGCAUCGAAUCGGUCGAUCUGAAGAUUUUCAACCCGCCCAAAUAUAAUGUAAGAGGAGAAGAUGUUUCGAGGGUUUUGAGGAACGAACAAACCAUGGUGAGCUUAAGUUGUUUGAGAGUGAGAGAGAGAGUUAAAAGUGAGCAUGUAAUGUUUCAGAUAAAUGUGACACACCGUUGCCGAUACGUUCCGGUCCUCGAGAUCUACGAGUGUGGUGAGGCACACAAUCUCCUUUGCCACACUGCCAAAUUCGAUGAGACCGAGUUUGUGGUUGCGUCGGAUCUUCGGGUAUUUUUCCACAUUUGCUAGACGAUUUUCUGAACAGCAUUUUUGCAGAAGAGGGAGGUGAUCACGAUGAGAAACGAUGCGAACCUCGACACUUCAGCGGACAACGAACGGACGGCGCCCGCAAGUUCGAAUCAGGAGCAGCAGCACGAAUGGUUUCCGUACAAUUGA